UUUUUAUAUUCACGAGUAAGCUUUCAAAUAUGUUACUAUGGAAACAGUGACAUUGAUUAAGCAAAAUGUCGAAGUCGACUGAAAAUAUAAGAAAUUUAGAUAUGUAUAAAGAAUUACAAUCAUCGAUAAACAAAGAGAAGCUAUAUUGGAUAAGAAAUGAUGCCAAAUUAAGGGCCGUUGUGACAUCGCAAUCAUAUGAUGAAUUUAGAGAUAUUGUUGCUGCUGCUCAUCUGAAGCCUCUAUCCAAAAAAGAUAUUACAGAGAAAAGACAAAUGAGUUGGAAUAAGUCAAAGAUGGAUUAA